GCAAAGCAAGUCCGGGCGUGAGUCCGCGGUCAAGUGCUACGCGCGCGAGGAGACGCGUCCCGUCACAAAUGUGACGCGCGCGUAGACAUCACGUGGGAGGAGGUCGGGUACAGUGUCACCGAUACUAGUGUCACUUGAGUGUCACUAUCAUUCGUACUGACACGCGUCUGCAAGUUGAGGACUUCCAAAGGUCUUCCGCCGGGAGUCUGAGUCAGUGGUGGACUUGGUUCCUUCGUCUGUACGGCGCCCCAUGUCGCACAUGGACUCCGCCAAUACGUCAGGCUUGCCCGCCGAUGCGGUAGAGAGAUGCACCAAGGUGAAGACUUCUAGCCACUUUGCACGCUGCGCGCAGUAUUUCUCACAGCGAGAUGGAGUGCUUCAGGAAGCCAGGAAAGACGGCAUCUUUGCUGGUUUCUCUGCAGGUCUAGUAGGCGCUAUACUCGGGUCGAAGGUGUUCAGGCUCAAUAGGAACACAACCAUAGUUUGCGGCGUUCUGACGGGGGCGCUCUCCGGCUGGCAGUUCACCCAGGGCUUCAGGACUUCCAAACUUGCUAGUCUGCGCGCCGAGCUCGCAUUGCGGAAACAAUCAGAGCUCGGUGUUACCACCACGAGUCCUCAAAAGAAUGAAAAGAGUAGUUGAUGGAUGGAGCGACCAAAGGGGCAUCGGUCAAAAUCUUUCAAUUACUGUAAGAUACAUCCCCACUCCGACCCUCGGUCUUGACGUGCAAGAUCC